AUCUCUCAGGCUUGGUUACUGGGCGCACACGCACGCACACACCGAGUGGAUUGUAGUGUCUGCAGCUCGAGUGAAGGAGAAAGUGGAGACAUAGCGAGGAUAUGAACCAGUCGGUAACUUCGCCCGUCCUCCUCGUGUAAGGCGGUGGCUCCGUCCGCGGCUCGGCCGUCCGGUUGAACGUUUGUCGGUGUUACAAGUGGCGGGCGGACGGGCUCCUCGCCGUUGUGGCGGGGGAGUGUGAGUAAAUGAAAGCGUUGUUUGGAGCCGUUGAACAAAGAGCUUUUCUUCCCUCUACCAUUGUUACUGAGCGGAGCGCCUGUUUUCUAACUCAUUUGGAGGAGCUUUCGGGCUGUUACAGUGAGGGGCGGCCAUUGCUCCAGUCAUGACCUCUGGGACUGGGAACACUGCCAGCAGCCAGCACAAUGGAGAGAGCAAACCAGCUCAGGCCCUACUCAAGUCCCACAUCCUCACCCAUCUGAUAGAAGGCUUCGUUAUCCAGGAGGGGGCUGAGCCUUUCCCUGUGGAACGCCCAUCUUUCUCAAUUGAGAGCCUAAGGAGACACACAAAGAUGGACGGCCUCUCACUAAAGGAGUUAAAGACCCAGCAGGAGCCCAUGCUGACCUGUGAGCUGUGUGGCAGGGUGGACUUCGCCUUCGUCUUUAAAAGGUCCAAGAGGUUCUGUUCCACAGUGUGUGCCAAACGCUACAAUGUGGGCUGCACAAAGAGAAUGGGUCUCUUCCCAAACCGCAAAACCACCCUGGAGAACAUGAAGAAACAAAAAGCACUGAAUGGAAAUCUCAAAAACAGUUUAGAGUCUAAAAAGAAGACGGCUCCCUCCGUGCAGAAGCCCGCCGCUGCUGCUCUGUCCACCGGUCACUCGGUGCUCCCGGCGCAGGGAGAGUCCAGCCAAUGUUCAGACUUGUCUGGCUACAAAAGAUCCUCACCCCCCAUGUCGGCCACCCAGCGGGUGCCUGCGGUGCAAGACUCUGAGCUGCCCCUGCUGCCCUACAGCUUCCUACCCAGUGACCCUGGCCAGUGGAACAUAGGAGACGUCUACGAGUUCAUCUCCUCUCUGCCAGGUUGUCUGGAGAUCGCAGAGGAGUUCCGUUCUCAGGAGAUCGAUGGACAGGCCCUGCUCCUGCUGAAGGAGGACCAUCUCAUGGGAACCAUGAACAUCAAACUGGGCCCUGCGCUCAAGAUCUUUGCCCAGAUUAGCAUGCUCAAAGACUCGUAGCCCAUCUCAGCCCUCACACAC